AAAUCGAAAGGGGCAGCAACUUGAGCAGGGGGUUGAAUGCGCAGCUGGCGCAGCUUUUCUGGCGUAAAUCUCACCGAGUGUUUGUAAAUCCGCGCUCGGCUGUGUAAUCCGCGGGUCUGUGAACGCCGUAGACGUACGGUACGCCCACCGAUCUCGUAAUACUGACAGUGACAGUAAACGCAACUCGCUGCAUCGUGCUUAUCACGAUGCAUAGAGGUCGAACGACGUGCCCUGCCCAGCGUUAAAUGUGAGUCAAGCGUUAAAUCGGCGCCAAGGUAGCCGAGCAACAAGAACUUCCUGGUCGGUCUUUAAAAGCUUCCUCAUCUCAAGACCAUGGGCACUCACGGCAUGCGCGAUUUUCUCGCCGAGGUCGCCAGGUUCAAUGGCCAAACUGCCGGCCGUGACAGACUGUUCAGGCUGUUCCAGUACAGCAGUCGCUUCGUCUGGUAUUGGUUACAGAAAACGUCGUGUCGCAGGGAUACGGUUGCGCGACUCCAGAACCUGGAGGUGCUGUUCAGCUCUGGUCGACGAUUACUGCGGCUGGGCCGGUUUCUGGACUCUCUCCACGGCGCCACCCGCAUGGUGGGGCUCCCCGACCUGACGUACCGGCUGAGCCUGACCCUUGCCCGGCUCGGCAACGCCCUCUACAUCCUCUCGGACAAUCUCGUGUGGUUGCACCAGGCCGGACUCCUCAACCUGCGAAGGGAAUCUUGGAGCCGAACCAGCAACAAGUUUUGGUUGGUGGCCAUCGUGGCGUCCCUCUCGCGCGACAUCACCGAGCUCUGCCGAAUCAUUCCGCCGCUCCUGCUGUCGCCACCUCACAUGCGGCCGUGGAAAAACUCCGGUCUCACUUUGCUCAGAGUUGCCGGACUGCACAGGGCACUGCUCCUGGACUUGGUGAAGAAUCUGGCGGACUUUUGGAUUCCAUACUCCAAUCUAGGUCAUGCGACCCUCGAACCUGGAACCGUAGGACUGCUAGGAGUGGUGUCUAGCGUGGCAGCCAUAUUGCCCAUGUUGGACCCGUCGUACGUGCUCACUCCUGCCUGAGUGCUCAAGGAACUUUGUGAAUCUUCAGGGUUUUGAUAGCCCUCAAGGACCUUUGGGACCUUCAGGACCUUUGGACGUUCAGUAUCUUGAAGAUAUUUGGGGUCUCUUUAAUCCUCGAAGUCUUCCAUACGUUCAGGCUUUUAUGAGCCCUUAAGUACCGUCAGGACCUUUAGAAACUUUAGGACAUUCUGAUUCUUGAAGACAUUUGGGACCUCUUAGAUCCUCAAAGACUUUCACAGUUUCAGGUUUUUCAAGACUUUGAGGAUUAGUAAUGUAAGAAUAUUAGGGUCUUGAAGGGCUUUCCUCUGCAGAGUUUUUCAGGAUCUUUGUACAGUAUUGUCAGACAUCUGCUGUGGAAAGGCUUGUCUAAGACCCUAAUGUGCAGUUGUGUCAACUUUAUCGUUAGGGUUGCCAUCAGCUGUGCACUGUGCAUUGGAGUGACUCAGUCAUCCUCAUGCAGGUCAGAUGUCAUGGCAUUAGUCACACCACCAAUGUUUUUUUUGUUUAUGCCUUUAUCUUUUGCAUGAUUGCAGGAUAUUCUCCUGGAAAGUUUUGGGGAACACAGAUAUUCUCAAUUAUCUUUCUUUUAAGGCGCACAUGGUUAGGUCAGGUUUUGGGAAUGGUGACCUCGUUAAAUCUGUGGAUUAUAUCUAGGACUCAUUGCUAAAUGGAUACAGUUUAUUUAGCAAGAGAAGAUAUGGGCAGCCCAGCAUGUGUAUUAUGGCACAGGGCUACUUGGGACCUUCAGUUUUCUAUGAGGGUCCUUUUUUUUUUUAAUAUCUUGUGCGUCAACGAACUGGUACAGUCUUUUGGAUGGUCAAAGGAAGCUUGUAUAUUAAAAAAAAUAUAUAUAUGUUUUGUUGAAUAUGAAUAAAUGAUUUCAUUGCAAUAACAUUUAAUUGCAA